AUGGCUCCAUUCCGCUUUAACGAACUGGGCUCGGAUAUACGACGUAUUAUCUGGAAACAUGCAUUGCUCCAGGCGUCCGCCGAGCGUAUAGUGAUAAUGGACAACCCGCCCACCAACGAAUGCUUCCCCCGUAAUUCCCUUCGUGUCCUACCAUUCAGGUCUCUUGUUUCGCCAAUUUUGGCUGUAAAUCAGGAGAGUCGGUCCUGUGCUUUCGACUAUUAUAAUUUAAUACUACCCGUAAUUUCACUAGAUCAGAUGCCCAAAAGCCUCUGGAAAUACACUGAUGAAGAGCGUGCAUUUCUAUACAAUAAUGAAGAAUACGAGAAUAUUGGUUACGAAGAGGGAUAUGUAUUCUUGAAUCUCCAGCAGGAUAUCUUUCUCUCAGGUUUCUUCCUCAAUGCUAUAGACGAUAUUAAACCAUUCUUUACGGAAUGGUGCCUGACACCGAGUUCUGCCUUUCAUACGACUACUCCAGACGAGGUCAAUCUUCAAGUUAGGCACUUCACGCGCUCUAUAUGGCCUGAGCGCGAGCGUAUUCAAAAAGUACUGUCAGUCUGGUGUACUGACCCCUACGACGACCUCCUCAAUCCCCGCCGCGUGCCCGGCGAGACGAGGUUAUUUAACAAGGUACAGAAGGACCUUUACUGGGAAAAAGAAACAUACGCAUAUGCCACAAGAUACUUCUACUGGCCUAACGUACAACGGCUGAACGUAGGUGGCCUAAUGCAGCACCUCUUCGAGCGAGGCCCUGGUAAACCAUUGAGACCCCAAUACCAGCUGAAGGAACUAAUAUCCAUCAAGCUGAAAGAAGGCGUUACUUACAAGAACAAUUUUAUAUGGUUAGGAAUGGGUGAAUACCUAGCAGACCCUUCUCAAGAAGAAGAGCAGCAUCGUCCUCGUCCUCGCCACACCAACGCCAUCAACAACGAUUACGCCUGGAAAAAAAUGGAUUCGUUAGUUAAGGAGAUGACGCACUGGAUAGACCUAGCGAAUCGGAAACUGUCAUGA